AUGUCCGUUUUAAGAAGCCUACUGAAUCCAGUGAGGGUGCGAGGCUUUGCAUCUUGUACCCGAGUUUACCAAGCGGAAGUAUCUGAAUUAUCAUCAUUAAAGCAAUAUAAAAACACGAUCAGCUCAUUAUUGAGAGGAUCCGAGCAGCUUACCAGUCCUAACUUGGUAGCAUUACAUGCGAGAUUGAAUCUUCCUAAGGAGUUUAGCUAUUCGCUAUUGUCAAAAUGCCUAACAUGCCGUACUGCUGGAGAAAAGAACUUCGAUAAUGUUAGCAUGAAUAUCUUCGGUAAAAACCUUUUGACAUUAACGGUUACAUCCGAACUAAUGAAGCAAUAUCCUAGAUUGCCGGCAGCCGUUUUGAACGCCGCUGUGGACGCAUAUAUCAAUGACAGCGUUUUGUCCCACGUAGGUCGUUCAUGGGGUAUAGAGGUGGAAAACACUAGCCUGGUGGACAGGUACGCCAAGAACGAGAACGCAAAUGUUACCUUAGGCAAACUCCGUUUCUUUGAGAACUCUAGAAACGAACUGCAUAAUUUUACAGAGGCUAAUGCCAUGGCAGUUGCUGUUAGAAGUAUUGUUGCAGGCGUAUACAGCGUCGACAGCGACUUGAACAGAACCCGUAAGUUCAUUUCGGACUACAUCUUGUCGAGAAAACUCGACGUUAAGAAACUCUUUGCAUUCGAACAACCAACUAGAGAAUUGGCAGCUUUGUGCCGCCGUGAAGGCCUAGAAAGACCCGUCUCAAAACUAAUUGCAGAGAACGGUAGGCUUUCCAAGUCCCCUCUCUUCAUCGUUGGCGUUUUCAGCGGUGAAGAAAAAUUGGGCGAAGGUUUUGGCUCAUCUUUGAAAGAGGCAAAGGCAAGAGCCGCUACAGACGCUUUACUAAAAUGGUACUGCUACCAACCAGUAGAAUCUCAACAACAAGUCAUUAUUGACCAAGGAGAAGUUCUAGUAUAG